GGCUUGGAAUCCAGCCAGAGUCAGAAUCCGCUGGCUUCUGUAGCAUCCGGUGCAAGGUUAUUUGUUUCUCCAUGAAAAACAGACGAAAUUACAAUUAAAGCUGUUCAAGGAAGCUGUUCGAGAGAUCACCCAAAGUAGGAGUAUUUUCAUCGUCAUGAUACUAAGUGCACUCCUGUUCAAAGCGAUUCUUGUUGCUGUCCUAAGCUUUCUGGAUAAUUGGCACGCGGAUGCGUGUUCAGUUCCUUACAUUCGUGAAAAGGAAGGAAACGAGGUAAAAGUCAUCAAGGUGACCGGCGGAGAGGAUGUUAAACUCACUUGCCAGAUCAGAACCGCUAAUCAGACCUCAAAACCAAGGUAUUACUGGCUCAAAGACAAUCAGACGCUCAGUCCAUCGAGUCAUCAACGUCUGAGGUUAAAACUCUACAGAUACCUAGAGAUAAAAAGAGCUAAGAAAGAGGACACCGGCCUCUACACCUGUGUCGCAGUAAAUGACUGUGGCAAGAACCCUUUUACGAUGCACCUAUUUGUCGGAACUGCUCCAAGAUUUACAGUACCGCAAAGCAAGAUGAGGCGCAACCUUCUUGCAGUACCCGUUGGAAACUCUGUUCUGCUGGACUGUUCUGCCGACGGAAACCCUCGUCCUACCGUGAAAUGGUACAAAGACGGAAAAUUGUUUAAGGAAAGGAAACUUCAUUCGAGUCGAUGGACAACCUUGUUGAGUCUGAAGGACUUGGUUCCCUCUGACACUGGGUCAUACAUGUGUAAUGUGAGCAACUCAUACGGAUGGAUUAAUCAUACAUACAAAGUAUACGUUCAUGAACGAGCUCGUGCUGAACCAGUCGUUCUACCCAUGGAAAAUGUCACAGUUUAUCGAGGAGAGAAUGCCAGCUUUACAUGCAAAGCAUUAAGUGAUUCCAUGCCUCAUUUCCAGUGGCUAAGGUGGUUUCCUACAAGUUUCAACAGUUCGACAAACGGUUCAAUUGAAAUUCCUCACUACGAAAUCGUGAAUAAAGAAGAUGCAGACCAACAUGUAAUUAUGCCAUCAAGUGGUGUAAAGAUUGAUUUCCACGUAGUGAAGUUGACUUUGUUAAAUGUCACAAAGAGGGACGAAGGCAAAUACACUUGCAUUGUGGGAAAUGCUGUUGGUUACGCAUCCGAACAUGCUUACAUCAUUGUCCAAAACAUUGUUCGUGAAGAUAAAGCAAAACUAACCGAACUUCAGAAAACUGAAAGCACCACAGAUGGUUUUACUGUUAGCCUGACAUCCAUCAGUUCUGAAAGCGAAGCAGUUGCGAAGACAUCAAUGGGUUGGACUGAUAGAAUAAGGUACCCGGCGGCUGUGAUCGCAGUUUCAGUGGGCGUGGUCGUUAUGUUGAUCAUAGCUUCCGGUCUCUGUUAUUGGCAGGUGAAGAAAGGCCGAGCGAGCUCGUCCGCAACGAUGAGAAGUCGACACAACAUCGGUUCACUUCAAGCGAAGUACGUAGUCCAGUCAAAUGAGUACGUAAUAGUGCCAGACCUAAAAGGACUUGGGAAUGAUUUUGACACCAACUGAUUGUAGAUAAAAAGCCACAUAAAAAAGGAAUUCAAAAGUAAAGUUAAAAGAGAAAAAAGACCGAGGGGACAAAAACAACGGCAAGACAUUUAAAUUUCCUGACACGAAGAGCAGUUAUCACUUUGUUACAUCUAUUUGGAAAUCGCAAAAUACAGUCGCUCAAAUAUAGAUUAUUUCAGUCUCUUCAAGUAUUUUAUUGAUUCAGUGAUGAGCUGGUUUAGAAAAAGUUGUAGAAGCUGUCUUUCAUUUUCCUUGCAAUUUGAUGGAUUUCUUUAAAUAAGCCUUGAAUGGUUGAUGUGUUUUAAUAAAGUUGUCUCAUUGGAAUGGAAAAAGAUGCGAUUUAGAAGUGGUGCGAUUCGUGGAUAAAUCGCACGAUGAGAGCCAAUCAUAUUCCAAGGAUCACAACUGAUUUCAAAAUGGAUGUAACAAACGUAGUAAAUUAACCAUGAACAGAAUGCAGAAUUUCAGUUUAGCAGAAUAAAUGAAUAAAACCGCAUAUCCUCAAAGAAACACGAAAGGAUUUGUCAGGCUUUGUUCAAAUUCAAUUCUUCAGUUCAGUUUCGAUCAGUUUUUUUUCUUCAACCGUCGAAGGGAAAUGAUCAACGUUUUAGCAAUUACUAGAACCAGUUUCCUUACCGAAGGGACCGCUCUUUUCUGCAGUAUGGUCGGUUUCAUCACGCAAAGAUAGACGGCUUCAAGGCGGUUUGAGUAGGAAACGGUUCUCACACCUUAAGUGUUUUUUCUUUGACUUAUUUCCUCGUGCGUUUCAAUUUCAUCCAUAGUUAAAAUGUUGUCUUUGAUUGAUUUUGGUUGAAAUAAAGUACCUGGUGGG